UCCGCGCUUCCGCUCGCGCGGAAGAGACGCGGAGAACUUUCCCAGAGUUCCUUAGAGCCGACCUGGUCUUCGAGGAGGGCUGAGAUAGCGGCGGCGGGGAGGGAUGGGAACGACAGCCUUUUGGUGAGGACAGAGUUGGCGGACGGGAACACUGCUCCAUCCCCAAGAGGCCUGGACAGUGUUGACCCCGAGUAGUGGGAGGCCCUGGAGCACUGCAGCCCUGCGCCCUCUGUAGGCAGACUGCAGGGGAAGGGACGCGUAGGCUCGGCGUUGGGGAGUCGACCGCGCUCCGGCUCAACAGCCUCUGGAGCUUCCCCCACCCCAGCGGAUCCCUCCUUCCCACUUCGGGGCUUUACGAUAGCGGUGCACUCCCUCUCCCUGACGUUUUCGGCCCAAGUCACUCCUGUCUGGGGAGCGGCUCCAGGACAUCAGAUACACCCACGUACCCUGAUCUGCGUGGGCUCCGCGCAUUUGGAGCACUGUAGCAGGAGCGGGCCCCAUCCCCUGGAAGAACCACCACCCCACACUAGAGACUGGGGUUUCUCCCACCUUGGGGCGAAGGGCGUGCGUGUCGGGGGGGGGGGCAGACCGCAAAAGGGGGAUCUAAUAGGACUGAGGGCGGAGCAUCUGGGAGGAGGGUCACGAGCAGGAAGUGGAAGUCCUGGCCACCGGCCUGUUUAGCCCACCCUACUGGGGCGCCAGCCCCCGCCCCUGCAGCUGACAAGUGGGACUCGGGGUCCCUCCCAUUCGUACCGGGCCUGGCCCUCGGUGAAGAGUACAACGGGGGACCCAAGGCGCCUCUGCAGGCUGGUGCAACAGGGCCGGCUUCGCGCCCUGCAGGAGGAGCUGCAGGCCACCGGAGGCAGCCAGGCCCUGGCAGGAGACACCCUCCUCCAUUGUGCCGCCCGCCACGGGCGCCUGGACAUACUAGCCUAUCUGGUCGAAGCCUGGGGCAUGGACAUCGAGGCCGCCAACCGAGACUACAAGAGGCCUCUGCACGAGGCUGCCUCCAUGGGACACCGGGACUGCGUGGGCUACCUGCUGGACCGAGGGGUGGCGGUGGACUGCCUGAAGAAGUCCGAUUGGACUCCUCUGAUGAUGGCUUGCACAAGAAAGAAUCUCGAGGUGAUCCAGGACCUUGUGGAACAUGGUGCCAAUCCACUUCUGAAGAACAAAGAUGGCUGGAACAGUUUCCACAUUGCCAGUCGAGAAGGCAACCCUCUGAUCCUCCAAUACUUGCUCACUGUUUGCCCAGAUGCUUGGAAGACAGAGAGCAAAAUUAGAAGAACUCCGCUGCACACUGCAGCAAUGCAUGGCUGUUUAGAAGCAGUAAAGGUGCUUCUUACAAGGUGCCAAUAUGAACCAGACUGCAAAGACAGCUGUGGUGUUACCCCCUUUAUGGAUGCAAUUCAGUGUGGUCACAUUGAUGUAGCAAGGCUGCUCCUCACAAAACAUAAGGCAUGCUCUUCAGCUGAGGAUAGCCUGGGAGCCCAGGCUCUGCACAGGGCAGCAGUCACUGGGCAAAAUGAAGCCAUCCAAUUCUUGGUGUCUGAUCUUGGCAUCGAUGUAGAUGUGAGAGCAGCAACAACCGGUCUCACAGCGCUUCAUUAUGCAGCUAAGUUGCUGGACAGUGACCUGCACUUGACGUGGACCGUGAGGGUGAAACUGACCUAUGAGAUAGCAGUGGGCCUCAGCUACCUUCAUUUCAAAGGAAGGGCACACAGGUACGGUUCAAGCUCUCUUAUCCUUGGGUGCUGACAUCAGUGCUAAAGAUGAAAGAAAUCGAUCAGCCCUGCAUCUGGCCUGUGCAGGGCAGCACUUGGCUUGUGCUGAGUUUCUCCUGCAGUCUGGCCUGAAGGAUUCUGAAGACAUAACAGGCACCCUGGCUCAGCAGCUAACAAAGAAAGCAGAUGCCCUUUAGGGCUUCGACCAUAGCCCUGUGACAUAAGAAUGUAAGGACACAAUAAACUGUGUGAUAAUUCGUAUCCUGCUUCUUACAUCACAAACAAAUUCAGUUUAAUUAUUCUGUAUACAGCAUUUCCAUCUCCUCCUGCCUUCCCUCCUGCACACUCCUCGAUGUCCCAGAUGACCAGUGGGCUGGGUUCCUAGCUUCAUGGCUGGCGUGAUGUGAAAUCCAUACCACAGGCAUAAUCUUUCCAUGGUCCAUAUUUCACUUUUUCCACCCUAAAAGUAGAAUUAGAUAAUGUUUAUGAAGUUAGUCUCUGAAAUCCUUAGAGAAACAUAUAACAUGCAUGAAUAUAGUAUAUAUCCUUUUAUAAGUAUAUGAACCUGGGUUAUAAUAUUGUACAGUAAAAUGAUGAGAGUAUUAAAAAUAUACCAUAAGUUGCUAUUAACUUGAGCUGUAAAAUAUAAUUGGUCUGUUUAAUUUCUUCCUUCCUUCCUUCCUUCUUUCCUUCCUUCCUUCCUUCCUUCCUUUUACUUGUCCAUUACAAUGGUCCACUUUUGGUUUCAUAGCCAGGAAGGAAAUGCUUAUUAUCUGUUUCCACAGAAAUUUACAAGGAAUUAAUGGAAACUUUUCUACAUUCUAAGCACUGCUAAUUAAGCUAUAAAGUUUUAAUCAUUGGAGUUUUUUGUUGUUAUUUUAAUAGACAAGUUUUAUAUUGGCCCCAUUUUGGUAAUAAAUACACUUAGAAAAUGCAA